AUGAGUCAAAAGAAACCAUUUAUUUUAGAAUUUGAUGAUGAUGAUGAUGAUGAUAAAGUUGAUAAAUUAAAACCUUUAUCAAUAGAAACUCUUAGAGCUCAAAAAGAAUUAUAUGAAAAAGCUCAUAAAGAACAACAACCUGCUAUACAACAACAAUCAAUACAACAACAACCACAAAGACAACAACAACAACAACCUAUAGCAAUCGAUAUUGAUAUUGAUACACCAUCAACUCCUCCUUCAAAUUCUAUUGAUAAUAACAAUAGUUUAAUAAUAAAACCAAAAUCAACUCCUACACCUACUACUAAUAAUAAUAUACAACCUGUAAAUAAUAAUAAUAAUAAUAAUAAUAAUAAUAAUAAUAAUAAUAAUAAUAAUAAUAAUAAUAAUAAUAAUAAUAGUCAAAUACCAAUAUUACCAAAUGCACAAAUAACUAAAAAAACAAUAUCACUUAAAAUAUCAAAACAAAUCUAUCAAAGAUCACCAACACCAACUCCAACUCCAACACCUUCUACUACAACAACUUCUAUAGUUUCUCAAUCAUUUUCAUUUUCAUCAUUAAUAGUAAGUGAAAGAUUAAGAGGAAAUGGUAUUAUUCAAUUUCUUAAUCUUGUAAAAUGGGAAUACAAUUCAAAUAUUAAACCAGAUUUUUUAAUGGCACAUGAUUCAUGUGGAUUAUUCUUGUCGUUGAAAAAUCAUCGAUUGCAACCAGCUCAACUUGGUGAACGUAACAAGGCUAUAUCAAGUGUUCACGAAUUACGUGUCUUGUUUGUACUUGUCGAUGUCGAAGAGGCUUCGGCUGUACCACUAUUGGAAGAGCUUUCACAUUGGUGCAUCGUAUACAAUUUGACUCUUGUCGUUGGUUGGAGUUUGAUUGAAGUUGCUCGAUACAUUCAAACCUUUAAAUUAUUUGACCAAAAAUCACCAGACAUUAUUAAAACAAAACAUUCAGAUUUGGACAAGUCUGUGGUUGAAGAUGUUUUAACUACUUUUAAAUCUAUAAACAAAACAGACUCUACAAAUCUUAUUAAUACUUUUGGUAGUAUAAAAGAAUUAUUUGAUAGUUCAAAAGAGGCAGUUUCAUUGUGCCCUGGAAUUGGUCCUAAAAAAGUUAAUAGUUUAUGGAGUAUUCUUCACCAACCAUUCAAGGCUGUUAAACCAUCUCCAAAACCUGUCAACCAAAACCCUCCAAGUUUAGAGGAUUUCGAUCUACCAGAUUUCUUUGAUGAACACAAUACUUGA